GCCCAGGAGGAGUUCCUGGAGCUCCUGGAGCUCCUGGUGACCCGUGCUCGCACCUACGUCUCCUCGCUGGCUGCCCUAGAGGAGUUCCACCUCAGCCUCUCGCAGUGUGUGGUGCUGCGCUACCACUGGAUAGAGCCCUUCGUCCGCUGCCUCAGGGAGCGCCUGGCCACCUUUCACAGGUUCUUCUGCGUGGCUGACCAAGUGAAGGUUUACACCAAUGAAAACAAAACCAGGACCUUUAUUGGCUUGGAGGUCUCUGCUGGCCAUUUCCAGCUGCUGGAGCUGGUCUCUGAGGUGGACAGAGUUCUGGAGGAAUUUGACCUUCCCACAUUCUACAAGGACCCAUCGUUCCAUAUCAGCUUGGCCUGGUGCGUCGGGGACCUGUCUGGCAAGCUGGAAGGGCCGUGUAUGCAGGAGCUCCAGGACAUCGUGGACGAGUUUGAGGACUCUGCAUUACUGCUGCGUGUCCAGUGGGAGGAGAUCCGCUGCAAGUCAGGGAACAAGUACUUCUCCUUCCCCUUGAGGUAG